GGCAGUAGAGGUUUUAUUAGACCUCCAUAGGGCGUGUCCUGCUCAGCAGUCCAGACGCCAUGGGUCUUUUCAAAGAAGUCUACCAUAAAACGGAGCCAUCUGAAAAGGAGUUGUAGGGUCGAUCACAUUGUGUUUUUAUAUAGGCUAAGCUAUCUAACUGUCUAGAUUAUCACCUACUCAUGCUACUAUACCACGAUGCCUUCAAUUCAAAGCUUAACAAUGACUAUCGACGCGCUGAAUGAGCACGAGACGUUUUCGGAAAGAGACACUAUUACUGGAAAAAUAACUCUGGUCUUAAUAAAGGAUACGAAAGUAGAAAGCCUGUUUGUCAAAGCAAAAGGGGACGCUAAUGUGCUUUGGUCGCAAAAGUACGGCAAAAAGACGUACACAUACUGUGCAAAAAAGAGAUAUUUCAAACUGAAGGACUUUUUAAUUCCGGAGCAAAACGAGGACACUUUACUUCCCCAAGGAAUCCAUGUCUAUAAAUUCAACUUUCACAUACCCCCAGGAAGCUUUCCGUCAUCGUUCCGUGGUCAUCAUGGAAGGAUUGUCUACAUGCUGGAAACAAAGCUGUCCAGGAGUUGGAGGAUGGACCGUACAGUCGAAAAGGAGAUCAAUUUUGUCUCAAAGUCUAUUCCAAACCUUCAGUCGCUGAUGUUGCAGCAUGCUGGUUCAACCAAAAAAGAGAUGGGUCCUUUCUCCAAAGGAAAUGUGCACAUGGAUGCCUCUGUUGACAGAAGGGCUUACACUGCAGGUGAAACUUUGAUGGUUGUUGCAAAAAUCAACAAUUCUUCUUCAAGUGAGAUGACUCCCGAAUUCCAUUUAAUCCAGGAUGUGGUGUACCGUGCCAGCGGAAGAACCAAACAUGAAAGCAACACUAUAUUGAAAAUGCAAGACAACUCCAUCAAAGCCCAAACACAGAAGGAGGUUAGGUGUGCAAUGAAGCUCCCAACAGAUAUGGUACAGUCCAUCUACAAUUGUGAUAUCAUUUCAGUGGAUUACCAAUUGAAGGUGUACCUGGACAUCAGUUUUGCUUUCGACCCGGAGAUUGUGUUUCCGUUGGUCAUAUGUUCUCCUAGCUUAGCUUCUGCCCUUCAGCCUGGUGUGGCUGCAGGUCCCACUCCAUCAGGGGCCUAUGGGGGUCCAAGCAACAUCAACUCCCCUUCCCAUGCAGUGCCUUUUGGUCCAUAUCCUCGAUCUCCACAAUCAGGUGGUUAUGGAUACCCAGGAGUCCAAAGGUAUUCACCAUCACAUGUGCCUCCGAAUUACCCACCAGUGAAUGCUGCUCCACCAAGUGUCUUCCCCGCUCAACCAGUUCAUAUGAGCUGGGGCUACAACAACACGCCCCCACAGCAGGAUUCUCCAUAUGGAUAUCCAUGUUCAUCUUCAUCAUCUUCGCUUCAUCCUCCACCUACUGCCCCAACAUUUUCCCCAACCCGAAGUGCCCCAGAGCUCCAACCCCCACCCCAGAGUGCCCCAGAGCUUCAACCCCCACCCCAGAGUGCCCCAGAGCUCCAACCCCCACCCCAGAGUGCCCCAGAGCUCCAACCUUCCCCUGCUCCACAAUAUAACAUAUCACUACCUGCUCCUGCAUACAACCUGCUGCCCUCUGCGCCAGUGAUGAACACAGACUUCCUGUCUCAGUCUGAUGAUGCUCCUCCAGCAUAUUCACUCCUUUUCCCCUCUUAUACUACCGGACAAUCAGAUGCAAGGUAAUAGAACAUAGCCUGGAUGACUAAAUCUGUAUACUUCUAUGUUUCAGAGCUCACCACUAACUUUUAAAUGGCAUAAGCUCUUGAUUUGAAAGACUGAAAUAUAUCGGGCAUUAUCGCUCACCCUGUGUAUUGAGUAAUUGGUAUAUGACAAAGUUAUACCUCAGAUUCAUCAUGUAACAUUAUAUGGGAUGAAAUAAGCCAUAUUUCAUUUAAUUUCAUAUUUGAUUUAUUUGCUCAUUUCAGUGUAUGAUUUCAAAACAAUAACACACAAUAUGAAAUACUUUCUCAUGUUAUUUAUAAACUGUCCAUGACCAUCAGGAGCAGGAGGAAGAAAACAUAUAAUACCUGCCCCUUUCUUAAUAACACAAGUUAAUGUUGAAACAAAAUCAGAUGACUAACCUGUUGUUUUUGUUUUAUUUCACAAAUCAAGAAAUAAUUCAACAAUACCUACAGAAACAAUCAAAUGCAAUAUAUAAAAGUAACCAAAAUGUUUGCAAUGUUUUUUUAAUUUAAACCUGUUCAUAGACAUUUUCACGUAUUCAUAACACAACCACUAUGGCAACAAGUACUAAAAUUAUGUGUAUUUAUGGGUGCUCAUUUUGUUGUCCUUAUGCUUGUAUGUUUAAAAGUGGUCACAUUGCUAGUUAUGCAAACAGUACCAUUGUGUCCACUAAACUAGUGUUAUUAAAGCAGACAUUGUGUGCUAUAUUUAAAGUAAGCAUGCCAACAAUUCUAUACAAACAUAGACAUAUUACAUGUGGCAGUGUUUUUUCUGGUUAGUUCAGGUUCCUGUUAGCUUAAGAUAACUAAUGCUUCAAUUACUCAGACCUCUGUGGGAUAAAGGUUGUGUAAUUUUUGUGCCUUGUUCAACUCAAGUGUCCUAAUGUUUUUUACAGGGUAUAUAUAAUCUUUAUUAUAUAGGCUACCCACUCUUUCUACCUCACUUUUCUGUUUGCAGUUUGGCUGAAAGAAUCAGAACAGGAAGCCUACCUUAUCGCAAAAAAAUGUAUUGAACUUUUUAAUAUUACAUUUCUAGAAGGCCUAUAGAUGCAUGUGUUCUAUAAUUUCAAGUGUUUUUAUUUUGUGAGACAUAUCACAAUACACUAUUCAAACAUGAUCUGUUUAACUCCCAAAUUGCCAUUGUUUUCUCUGAGUUGUUGAUCAAAAUAAAGACCUGCCAUCUUG